AUGAGGCCCAGUGAUACUACCAGUACCACUACCAGUGAGGAGCCUGACAGCCUGGAGGUGCUGGUGAAGACCUUGGACUCUCAGACUCGGACCUUUAUUGUGGGGGCCCAGAUGAACGUAAAGGAAUUUAAGGAGCACAUCGCUGCCUCUGUCAGCAUUCCCUCUGAGAAACAACGGCUCAUCUAUCAGGGACGAGUUCUGCAGGAUGAUAAGAAGCUCCAGGAAUACAAUGUUGGGGGAAAGGUUAUUCACCUGGUGGAACGGGCUCCUCCUCAGACGCAGCUGCCUUCUGGGGCAUCUUCUGGGAUAGGGUCUGCCUCAGCCACCCAUGGUGGGGGACCCCCGCCUGGUACUCGGGGGCCUGGGGCCUCUGUUCAUGACCGGAAUGCCAACAGCUAUGUCAUGGUUGGAACCUUCAAUCUGCCUAGUGACGGCUCUGCUGUGGAUGUUCACAUCAACAUGGAACAGGCCCCGAUUCAGAGUGAGCCCCGAGUACGGCUGGUGAUGGCUCAGCACAUGAUCAGAGAUAUACAGACCUUACUUUCCCGGAUGGAGUGUCGAGGGGGACCCCAAGCACAGCACAGUCAGCCGCCCCCACAGACGCCAACCGUGGCCCCGGAGUCUGUAGCCUUGAGUUCUCAAACAUCAGAACCAGUUGAAAGUGAAGUGCCUCCUCGGGAGCCCAUGGAGGCCGAAGAAGUGGAGGAGCGUGCCCCAGCCCAGAGCCCGGAGCUCACCCCUUCCGGCCCAGCUCCAGCAGGCCCAACACCUGCCCCAGAGACCAAUGCACCCAACCAUCCUUCCCCUGCGGAGUAUGUUGAAGUGCUCCAGGAGCUACAGCGGCUUGAGAGCCGUCUCCAGCCCUUCCUGCAGCGCUACUAUGAGGUUCUGGGCGCUGCCGCCACCACGGACUACAACAACAACCAAGAGGGCCGCGAAGAGGACCAGCGCUUGAUCAACUUGGUGGGGGAGAGCCUACGGCUGCUGGGCAACACUUUUGUGGCGCUGUCUGACCUGCGCUGCAACCUGGCCUGUGCGCCCCCACGACACCUGCAUGUGGUCCGGCCCAUGUCUCACUACACCACCCCCAUGGUGCUCCAGCAGGCAGCCAUUCCCAUCCAGAUCAACGUGGGAACCACCGUGACCAUGACGGGGAAUGGGACUCGGCCCCCCCCGACUUCUAAUGCGGAGGCAGCUCCCCCUGGUCCUGGGCAGGCCUCAUCCCUGGCUCCCACUUCUACCACUGUCGAGUCCUCAACUGAGGGUGUUCCCCCACCAGGGCCGGCUCCCCCCCCGACCACCAGCCACCCAAGGGUCAUCCGGAUUUCCCACCAGAGCGUGGAACCUGUAGUCAUGAUGCACAUGAACAUCCAAGAUUCUGGCACACAGCCUGGUGGAGUUCCGAGUGCUCCCACUGGCCCCCUAGGACCCCCUGGUCAUGGCCAAACCCUGGGACAGCAGGUGCCGGGUUUCCCAACAGCUCCGACCCGGGUGGUGAUUGCUCGGCCCACCCCUCCACAGGCUCGGCCUUCCCAUCCUGGGGGGCCCCCAAUCUCGGGUACUCUACAGGGCGCUGGACUAGGUACCAAUGCCUCUUUGGCCCAGAUGGUGAGCGGCCUCGUGGGGCAGCUUCUUAUGCAGCCCGUUCUUGUGGCUCAGGGGACCCCAGGAAUGGCACCACCUCGCCCUGCCACUGCUUCAGCCAGUGCAGGCACCACCAACACAGCAACCACAGCUGGUCCUGCCCCCGGGGGGCCCGCCCAGCCUCCCCCUCAACCCUCAGCGGCCGAUCUUCAGUUCUCACAGCUCCUAGGGAACCUGCUGGGUCCUGCGGUGGCCAGGGCCGGAGGGCCUGGCAUGGCUUCUCCCACCAUCACCGUGGCGAUGCCUGGUGUCCCUGCCUUCUCCAGGGCAUGAUCCGACUUUCUGCAGGCGACGCAGACGGCCCCUCCGCCCCCCCCCGCCACCACCCCCACCCCACCACCGGCCCCAGAGCAGCAGACCGUGCCCCCACCAGGGUCCCCUUCUGGUGGCGCAGGGAGUCCUGGAGGCCUGGGUCUUGAGAGCCUUUCACCGGAGUUUUUUACCUCUGUGGUGCAGGGCGUGCUGAACUCCCUGCUGGGCUCCCUGGGGGCUCGGGCUGGCAGUAGUGAAAGUAUUGCUGCUUUCAUACAGCGCCUCAGUGGAUCAAGCAACAUCUUUGAGCCUGGGGCUGAUGGGGCCCUCGGGUUUCUUUGGGGCCCUACUCUCUCGCUGUGCCAGAACUCCAUGGUGGAUGUGGUGAUGCUUCUUCAUGGGCAUUUCCAGCCACUGCAGCGGCUCCAGCCCCAGCUGCGAUCCUUUUUCCACCAGCACUACCUGGGUGGCCAAGAGCCCACACCUGGUAACAUACGGACGGCAACCCACACGUUGAUCACAGGGCUGGAAGAGUACGUGCGGGAGAGUUUUUCUUUGGUGCAGGUUCAGCCAGGGGUGGACAUCAUCCGGACAAACUGGAAUUUCUCCAAGAGCAGCAAUAGCAUCGCUGCUCAUGUGCUGCACUGCACAGACAGUGGAUUUGGGGCCCGCCUGCUUGAGUUGUGUAACCAGGGCCUGUUUGAAUGCCUGGCCCUCAACCUGCACUGCUUGGGGGGACAGCAGAUGGAACUUGCCGCGGUCAUCAAUGGCCGAAUUCGUCGCAUGUCUCGUGGGGUGAACCCGUCCUUGGUGAGCUGGCUGACCACUAUGAUGGGACUGAGGCUUCAGGUGGUUUUGGAGCACAUGCCCGUAGGCCCUGAUGCCAUUCUCAGAUAUGUUCGCAGGGUUGGUGAUCCCCCCCAGCCACUUCCUGAGGAGCCAAUGGAAGUUCAGGGAUCAGAGAGAACUUCCCCUGAGCCUCAGCGGGAGAAUGCUUCCCCAGCCCCUGGAACAACAGCAGAAGAGGCCAUGUCCCGAGGUCCGCCUCCUGCUCCUGAGGGCGGCGGCUCCCGUGACGAACAGGAUGGAGCUUCAGCUGAGACAGAACCUUGGGCGGCCGCAGUCCCCCCAGAGUGGGUUCCGAUUAUCCAGCAGGACAUUCAGAGCCAGCGGAAGGUGAAGCCGCAGCCUCCCCUGAGCGAUGCCUACCUCAGUGGUAUGCCUGCCAAGAGACGCAAGACGAUGCAGGGUGAGGGCCCCCAGCUGCUUCUCUCAGAGGCCGUGAGCCGGGCAGCUAAGGCAGCCGGAGCUCGGCCCCUGACGAGCCCCGAGAGCCUGAGCCGGGACCUGGAGGCACCAGAGGUUCAGGAGAGCUACAGGCAGCAGCUCCGGGCUGAUAUACAAAAGCGACUGCAGGAAGACCCCAACUACAGCCCCCAGCGCUUCCCUAAUGCCCACCGGGCCUUUGCUGAUGAUCCCUAGCUCUUGUGGCCCUCCCUCAUCAGGGGACCAUUUCCCCCAUCUUCCUUCACAGUAUUUAAGAAAUAAAAGUCAGAUUUUCCUGGCU